CCCUGAUUCGCGUGUCACGUCUCAAACUCUCCCUCACCCCCCCCCGUGUCCUCGCAUUUCCGCCCUCGCGCCGCUGUAUGCGCCCGGAUCGAUCCUCCCUAGUUGCAGCAAGCGCACCACCAUCCUUCCAGCCCCCGUAACUAUUGGCGCAUCCGCUUCGGAGAUCCAGGAACACUCGAUCACCGACUGCUGGGUUCCCCCCUCUCCUGGAUCACUACUUCUCUCCCCGCGAUAUCUCAAUUUCUGUGCCGGGUUCCAAUUCCCCGUCGCGUCUAAUAUUUCAAGAUCAGAUCCCAAAUUGCCUCGGAAAAAAAUACAGAGGGCAGAAAAAAAGGGCCCUUGAUCCUCGCGUUAAAGAAGUCUCGGACAACGGCGCGUUCCCGAGGCCAUGAGUGCAGACGAAGGCGGAGGGACGGCCUCAGUGCCGACCACCAACGGCGAACAGCCUCAAAACACACCAGAGCCCUCGACCCUGGCGACUCCCGGCAAGCGAAAGCGUGUUUCGAGCCACGAUGAUAAGGUCGCCCAGGAUGCUGGGGCUUCUGCCGUGCAAGCGCAAGAAAAAGCAAAAUUACAGGAGACGCUGCGUAACCUGGUCGAGAUAUUGAGCAAGAACGACACCGAUCUCCAUCUCCUAUCAUGCCCGUUACCGCUGUCGCCCGCGAAGCCGCGCUCGAAACGCGCCAAGAUGUCGGGGGACAAGGACGAAAGUUCAAGCAUACAAGUACGGGUUGCGUCGGAUCGCUAUAACAGCUUGUCGGAGUUCUUGAGCGACAUUGAGAAGGCGUCAGCCGCGGUGAUUGAACGGAACAAAGCCCAAGCGACCGUCGCUCCGGCCGAUGGAACGCCUUUGACGGAGACGGUCAACCGCAUCGCGGCAUUCAAGAAGCAGCUGAACAGCCUGGUCCGCCAGGCGCACGUGAGCCAAUCGAACAUCAAGACAGAGGCAUCGGAAGAGGAUGGAGAAGCCCCGGCGAAGUCUCCCCCUGCCGCUGUGGAGACCCGGAGUGAAGGCCUGUCGCUGACACUAUUUGGCAAUCCCGCAAACCCCAAACAGCUCUACUCGAGCUUGCAGAAGACCGUCAAGGUCCCGCUGUCUUCCGACGAACCUGGGGCGGACAAAUUCGUGGAGGUGCAAGCGCCUUUGCCCGAGGUUGGCUUGCCCAACGGGAUCACUACCACCAAGGUGCAGUUGUUUGAUGCCGAGGCUGCGACCAAGGGACCUAAGAGGACUUUCGGCGAGGUGUUCGCUCCGCGCUCAACUCUGCCGCAGUUGGAAGCACCGCGCAAGGCCAGGGCUUCCACGCGCAACACAACAAACGGCUGGAUCGACCCGUUCGAGGCUAUCACGGACUACAAGGCGUUUCUGGGGGAUAGAAACAACUACUGCCUUGCGCCUCUCCCUUCGGGGCAAUGGCUCCAGUACGGCGGGGUCACCUCGUCCCCGUCCUCUUACAACCGUCGACCAAAGCAGCAGUCUUCUCAGCAGCCGGGGGAGGAGCUAAUCAACGAUGACCCUGCUUUGGGGCCAGAUGAAGAUGCCGCGCUCCUGCAGGGAGUGUACUCGUCAUUUGCGCCUUCGUUUGAUAGUUCCGGCUCCGUUGUGCAAGUCGACUCGAAGAACUUGGUGUGGUGGAGUAAGCGCGGUGCAAGACGGCUGCAUACGCUGGUCUCAAUUCCUCUGCUGGAAGAAGCGAAGGAGGGGUCUUCAACAGUGCAACCGGGAAAUAUCGGCGAACUGGACGAGAGCACCCUCGAGGAGAUGGUGAAGACGUUCAACCCGGAGGACUUCACGGACAACGUCUUUCACACCGAUAAGACCAGCGAAGGGGAAGAGGGCGGAGAGUCACGAGAGAUGAGCGAGGUACUAGGCGAAGUGUCGGAGCUGCUGGAAACGCUCAGUUCAUACCAGAGAAUCCGAAAUCUCGAGCCCGUACGCCCGACGACUCAAAGUACCGGCCCCAAAGAAACGACCCCCGAGAACAGUGGAUCCGAUACUCCAUCAGAGGCAGAACAAAUGGUCUAUGAAACGCUCAAGUCGAGUCUGGCGACUGUGGUCUCAACGCUGCCGCCGUACGCGGUGGCCAAGUUGGACGGCAACCAAUUGGCAGACCUGAACAUCAGCCAGAAGAUCCUGAUCGAGAACCCGGACUACUCGGGCACGAUGGAGAAGGAUGACUACGCGCUGCAGCAGGAACGCGCGAUGGCCAUGGGGAUGCCGGGUGGUGCCAACCGGACGUCGACGCCGUCGCGCACAGGGAGUUUCCAGGCGCCGCCGCCCUACAACCAACGCGCCUAUACCGCCAACGCCGCCAAUCCCCGGCCGCCGCCUCAGGCCCCCCCGUUCCAGGCGCCGCAGCCUUACUAUCCGGGCCGCCAGAACUCGGCCUCGGCGCCUUACACCCCAGGCGGCGCGCAGUCGUUUGGAGGGGCGCGUCCGCCGUCGACCCCCCAGCCGAGGCCCGGCUACUUCCCCGCGUAUGCCCAAGUCACCCCCUACAACGCUGGCAACACCGUCCCGCAAUACCAGCGCCCCGGCCAGAACGGCUACCACCCAUACCCAGCACAGCAGGGGUCACCGCAGCCCUACACCCCACGCCCCGGCCAACCCGCGCCCUACAACGCGUCCUACGCAGCCGGAGCCGGGGCCGGGGCCGGGGCCGGACGCAGUGCCUCUCCUCAGAAACCCCCUGCCUACGCGACCCCCCGAGGCUCGUACAUCCCCCCGGGCUCGGCUAACCCUCAGCAGCGCUACGUGCCGCAACAACAACCUGGCCAGCAACCUCCCCCGUACGGGAACUACCCAUCCAACCAAGCCCCCCCGCCAUCCGGAGGCUACUCCAACUCGGCUGCCGCAAUGACCUACGCACGCAGUGCCGCCGAGCAGGCCAUCAUGAUGGAGCGCAACAAGGCCCAGCUAGCCGCCGCAGCCCAACACCGGCCCAGUUCCGCCACCCCACAGCCAGUGGGCGAAGGAACCCUCUCUCAAGAUCGAAGCGUAACACCGGGGGGCAAACCAAACGGGACACCAAUAUCGUGACGAACCGAGCGGAUGAGAUUACGGUUGAGAUGUAGGGAUAUGCCUUUUUUUUUUGUCUCCUCGUUUUUCUUUCUUUCUCUUCCUUUUCUUCUCUCAAACCCUUCUAUAUUCUUCCCUCCUGUCUACACUAUACCAUUGUUUCCCCGGAAGGCGGCGCUUUUUAGAAAGAAAAAAAAAUACUCAGUCAGAAAACUCGACCAAAAAAAAUAAUGAUGUCCUCGAAGACAGAGGUUCUUUGGAUAAUGGAUGAUGAUGAUACCUUUAUUGUUGUGUUCUUCGCCCUUCCUCCGUUUCUUCUUCUUAUUAUCCCUUUCAUCCUUCUCCCCUUCUUUC